AUGAGGUUUAAUGCUAUACAAGAUAUUCUUCAGCUCUACAGAAAAAGGUCAGAUAAUGUCAAUCAUCGUAUCACACAUCAACUCAGAGAAAUAACAUGUAUCAUUCAACAUACAUUUCUACAAGUAUAUGAUAUAUUUAUCUCAAAGGAGAACAAACCUAUAAAGACACUUUUAGAGUCUUAUGUUGAAUCAUUUCAAAAAACGUUCUUAAUACCUUCAAAGUCAAGUCAUGGAAAUGAAACACCUAGUCAGCCUGCCGUUACUCGUUUAUUUUCACCAAGCUCAAGUGUACAUUUAAUUGUACGCUACUUACCUGAAACAAUACAAACAUAUACGCCUCAAUUUAAUCCUGAGCCUUUAUUACAAUUAAAGGAUGUUCAAACAUCAAUUAAAGCAUGGAUUCAAAAUGUAGAAUCAUUUUUAAAAGAAAAAUUAUCAGAGCUAUUUUUAUCUAUCCAAAGUCAAUCUGAGCUUGUUCAAAUCCGAUGCAAACUAUGGAAAUUAUUAGAGGACAAUGAAUCAAACAUAAAAAAUAAUAAGUGGGAAACAAGCAUUCAACAUUUAUUUCAGGACGAUUCUUAUUCUAUAUGGGGUAAUAUAUAUAGAGACAUUUUCAAUAAUCAAGCCAAGUGUAUUAUAGAUAGAGAUCUUGAAGCGUUAUCCUGUCAGCCUGAGACACAUGUUUGGCCUCAUUGUGUUACAGAUCCAAAAAAGAAUAUACCAUUGACAAUUCAUAUUUGGCCUAACUCUAAUGGGAAACAUCAAAGUGCAUUUACCUUACCCAAUCUUUCGUCUUCCAAAGAAAUUGAGAAAUUUAAAACCACUUUAAAAGAAACAGCACUUGAUAAAACUGACGCACUGAGUUACCUUCAAGAAUGUUUUGAUUCUACAUUAGCUAGAAUUAGAGAGGAUAUUCAAUCUCAUUUUAAUUAUUACGAUAAUGAUCAGUUUUAUGCCAAGUAUGAUAUAGAAAUGAUAAAAACAUAUUUCCAAGAUAAAUGCUAUGAAUCUGUCAUCAACUAUUCCAAUAGAUUAAUAGCUUUGAUUAAGCGUACCCAUGAAUGGACAGAUAAGAAAAAAAGAAAUGAAUUGUCUAUCUUUUUGGGACGUCUUGCAAAAAAUAUCGGAUUUGUAUCAAAGGAACUACCAAAGACAUUAAUUUUAUCAACUGAAGCUACACCUGUAUUUGAAUUACGUAGUAACAUUAUGAAAGAUCCUAAAUACACAGAUGUACAAAACAUUCUAUUAAAUACUUUUCAUGAUUCACAUAAAUUAUGGCUGACAUGGUUAGAGGAAGAGUUUAAAAAGAAAUUGAGCUCAUCUUUAUUCAGGUUAAAAUGGAAUGAGCAUUGCUCUGCUAUAAAUAUUUGGGAAAGUAAGUGUUUAUGA